UAAAGAAAUUGAUUUCUCCAACGGUCUUCUUCCCUCCGCUAAUCCUUAACAAGUACGCUCUUCGCAUCUCUUUCUCUACACACACACAGAGAGUACAGUGAGAUAGAUACACUAUGGAGAAGGGUGAGAAUCGCUUGCUUGGAAGUCUAUCCACUUCCGCUAUACGAAAUUUGCUUCACAGAUCGCUUUCCACCAAGCCCAAGCCGAACUCGAAAAACCCUAGAAUUCCCAAAUCAAACGCCGAGAACACUCCUCCGUUGGAUCCCAACGUCCAAUUCCAAGAUCCGCCACUAAGUCCAUCAGUGCCCAAGCUACCACCAUCCAAAUUUGUCACACUGACCAGAUCGGACGAGCACGCAGAAGCAACCGUGCCUCCUAUGGAAAAGGCAGAAAUCAAUGGAUCCAACUGCCAGAGUGAAGAAUCUGAAGCUCCAGAUCCAUCUGUGAAGGUUUUUGUGAGAAUCCGGCCAUUAAAUGAUCCUAAAAGGGAGCCCAGUCGGGCAGCGGCUCAGAUUUCUCCGAAUUCAUUAACCUUUCGGGAAAGGAAGUUUAUGUUUGAUUCAGUUUUUAGUUCAAAUUCAAACCAGGAAGACGUCUUCCAGGUAGUUGGUGUACCUUUGGUAAAAAAUGCUUUGGCUGGUUACAAUACUACAAUCUUGUCAUAUGGGCAGACUGGAAGUGGUAAGACCUACACCAUGUGGGGCCCUCCAAGUGCCAUGGUUGAGGAUUCCUCAGGCAAAAGUCUCCAGGGCAUUGCCCCUCGCAUCUCCCAAAUGAUCUUUUCUGAAAUUCAAAGGGAGCAACAGAACUUGCAAGGGAAACAGAUAAAUUAUCAAUGCCGUUGUUCUUUCUAUGAGGUAUACAAUGACCAAAUUGGGGAUUUACUUGAUCAAACUCAGCGAAACCUUGAGAUACGAGAUGACCCCAAAAAUGGAUUGUACAUCAAGAAUUUGACGGAGGAGUAUGUGACUAGCUAUGAGGAUGUAACUCAAAUUCUGAUCAAGGGGCUUGCAAGCAGAAAAGUUGGAGCUACGGGCACAAAUUCUAAGAGCUCUCGAUCUAAUAUUAUAUUUACCUUCAUUAUUGAGUCUUGGUGCAAGGAAGUUUCAUCAAAAUGUUUUAGUAGCUCAAAAACAAGUAGAAUUUGUCUUGUUGAUCUUGUUGGACUGGAUGAAGACAAACUUGAUGGUGCGGAUAGACUUGAUGUAAGGGAAGGAAGAUAUGCAAAAAAAUCCUUGUCUAAACUUGGGCUCGUGGUGAAGACACUUGCAAAUGGAACACUUGGAAGAUAUGGGGAUGUGCCAUACAGAAGCUCCUGUUUAACUCAUAUACUCCGAGAGUCACUUGGUGGAAAUUGUAAACUAGCUGUCAUCUGCACCAUCUCCCCUGAUAACACAAAUGAUAACCAAACGCUGAAGACACUCAGAUUUGCGGAGCGAGUCAAAUCCAUAAGAAAUGAGCCUCCAGUAAUAAAUGAAAUAUCAGAGAAUGAUGUUAAUGAUUUGACUGAUCAGAUUCGACAGCUGAAGGAAGAACUUGUAAGAGAAAAAUCUGAUGGACAUAGUUCAGUUAAGAGUAAUUACAGUGGAUACUUUAGAGGGCACAAUGGGCGUGACAAUUUGAACCAACUGAGAGUAAGUCUUAACCGCUCUUUGAUACUGCCAGACAUAGAUAAUCAUUAUGAGAAAGAAGUUGUUGUUGAUGAGGAGGAUGUAAGGGAACUACGACAGCAGCUAGAUAAGUUGCACAGUUUCUCUGCAGAGAAGUCAGGAGGCUCAUCCGGCAACAGAGAUUCCAUCCAGUCUUCUGUACAAGAGAGUUGCGAGACUGGCUUGACGAGCGAAGAUGAUGUAAAUUUCCCAGAAGAUGCCGAAAUUGAAGAAAUGGAAUUGGAGAAAUCUUCUGAUGAUGUUGUUGAUUUAGCAGGAUAUCUGCCUGGUGCCCUGAAUACUUCAAUGGCUGCUGAUUCGGCACUAAGACAUAGCAUUAUGAUCAACCCGUCCCGACAGUCUCUAGUCCUCCAAGAGCCAACUUUCUCUGAGUCCCCUAAAAUUGCCAACUCCCAGAGGAAAAGUGUGACCAUUUCAUCGACUAUCGUCGCAAAUCAGAACAAUGUGCCCGAAAAUCCCAAGGUAGAUGUUUCACGGCAGUCAAUUAAGCAAAGUGAGCAUAUUCGAUCUUCUUUGAGCUCGAGCAAGAUUUUCCCUGGCCCCACUGAAUCCUUGGCUGCUAGCCUUCAAAGAGGCUUGCAGAUUAUUGACCAUCACCAACGGAACUCUGCAUCAAAUAGGUCUACCGUCAGCUUCUCUUUUGAGCACUUAAGUCUGGGACCUUGUCCAGAAGUUGACAAAUCAUCAUGUUCUUCUGUUAAAACGUUAGCAGAGGAGACACCAUCUGGUUCUUUCCUUUGUGUAUCUUGCCGACAAAAACGUGAUAUUAAUUCGAAGGAGGCUCAGGUUGAUGGGAAUCAGUUGGCCAAAGCCACACAGAGAGAGAAGGAACUUGAAAAUAUUUGUAGGGAGCAAUCAGAUAAAAUUGAGCAGCUAAAUCAUCUGGUAGAGCAAUACAAACAAAACAACACUCUCUGCUUUGAUGAGGAUGUUAAGAAUGAAAUCAUUCCAUAUGAGGAACUGAAAGUUGAAGAUCACGAUUCCCUAAAGGACGGGAACAAGUGCUUGAAGGAGAAAGAGAGUGAGUUGGAUACUAUGAAAGGAAUGGUGGAUCAUGGAAAUGGGACUACGUACUUUGAUAUUAAUGAAAAGGAAGAGUUUCUUAAGGAAAUUCAAAGCCUAAGGAGCAAGUUACAGUCGUAUAAGGAUGCAUCUCUUGAGAAGUCUACUGAGAAGCUGAGAUCCUCUUUGUUAGCAAGAUCCAUUCAACUGCGAAAAAGUGUCGAUACUCGACCAAAUGGUGAGGACGAGCUGGAGAAGGAGAGACAAAGAUGGACCGAAAUGGAGAGUGACUGGAUUUCCUUAACUGAUGAGAUGCGAAUUGAUAUUGAGACUCAUCGACAGCAUGCAGAGAAGGUCGAGAUGGAACUGAAGUUGGAGAAGAAGUAUACAGAGGAGUUAGAUGAUGCACUUCAUAGGGCAGUCCUAGGGCAUGCUAGAAUCAUCGAACACUACAAUGAACUACAAGAGAAGUACAAUGAUUUGUUGGGGAAGCACCGUGCAAUCAUGGAAGGGAUAGCAGAGGUAAAGAGGGCCGCAGCAAAGGCUGGAGCAAAAGGUCAUGGUGCUAAAUUUGCAAAAUCUAUGGCCGCGGAGCUUUCUGCCUUGAGAUUUGAGAGGGAGAAGGAGAGGGAAUUCUUGAGGAAGGAGAACAAGAAUCUCAAAGUUCAACUUCGAGACACUGCAGAAGCUGUUCAUGCUGCUGGAGAGCUCCUUGUCAGGCUUCGCGAAGCUGAGCAAGCUGCAUCAGUUGCCGAGGAUAAUUUCACAAAUCUUCAGCAAGAAAAUGAUAAGUUAAGAAAGCAAAUGGAAAAGCUGAAAAGGAAGCACAAGAUGGAAGUGGUCACCAUGAAACAAUAUAUGGCAGAGAGCAGAUUGCCAGAAUCUGCAUUGCAGCCACUUUAUCGAGAGGAUUCUGAUGCUGCAAUCAGCAACUCGAUUAUGGAUGAUGACCAAGCAUGGAGAGCAGAGUUUGGAGCAAUAUAUCAAGAGCACUACUAGAUUUUUUCAUGGAGAUUGAACCUGGCUUAUGCAGUGGAGACCCUACUUGGGUCCAUUUGAUCACCAGGCAUAUAAGCAACACCAAUAUACGUCCUUGUUGUGUCUUGUCUUCUUUUCUUAAAAUUUUUUAUGUUGUUUUUUUUUUCCCUGGUGUGUGUAUGCCUUCAAAAACUAUAUGUAAUUCCUUUUACUGAU